ACGCCUUUGAAGCUUCUCUUGCCGUGAUCUAAGUUCUUUGCGUGUACAGUAUGUUCCAUAACCGCAGCAGCGGCCGAUAUAAGGUUUCUAUCCCUGGACGCACGGCGCUCCGCUCUAUUCUUCUCGUCUGCGUGGCGACAGCUCCAGCAGUCAGCAGUUUAAAAACUCCAGCACUCCAGUUUACCGGCGCAACCGUUACGCUCGCAGAUACCCCUUACUGGGUGGCCCCAGACCCCGUCGGAAAUCUCGAUCUCGGCAUCAUCACCAAGGUGUUUCAGAGCCAAUCUGUUACCGCCGGCUCAGGUUACCUGCCCAUAAGCGUGGUUCAACUGCAAGCUGGCAACGAUUCUACAUCGACGCUGGAGUCAAUUUUCUCCGCCUACCAGGCUUCUGACGAUUCCACUCCUCUCUCCCAUGGCACAAUUCAGCCCCUGAUGUCUCGCAACGAAAUCAUUCCGAACGGACCCUACUUUGUUUCCUUUGAAGGAACAAUCCAUCAGGCCUUCCGGCUCUACUCGGACUCGCAAGAGGCCUUUACGGAAUCCGUCUAUACCGGGCCGACUGGCGCUCACAUAGUUCUCACCGCCAAUAUCCCCGGUCAGAGUCUGGCCAUCGCAGUUCCCUCCAGGCUCUACUACGAGUGGUCCUCUGAAAAGCCAUUGGCGGGUGUGCGCAUUGGCGUCAAGGAUAUUUAUGAUCUCUCCGGCAUCAAGACGGGAUUGGGAAAUCGGGCUUGGUAUGGCUUGUACCCCCCUGCGAACGAAACGGCCACGGCAAUCCAGAGACUGAUUGAUGCUGGUGCCGUUGUGGUGGGUAAACAGAAGACGGCACAGUUUGCGAAUGGCGAGUACUCGACAGCGGAUUGGGUCGACUACCACUCCCCAUUCAACCCUCGAGGUGAUGGUUACCAGGAUCCAAAUUUUUCCUCUGCUGGAGCCGGUGCGUCCAUGGCUUCAUAUUAUUGGCUAGAUGUUGCAAUUGGGUCGGACACUGGUGGGAGCACUCGUGGGCCGGCUCGUGUUCAAGGCUUGUAUGGCAUGAGACCAUCUCAUGGCGCAGUACCUCUGGACUAUGUCAUGCCACUAGCUCCUGAAUUGGACACAGCCGGCAUCAUAGCCCGAAAUCCCUGGCUCCUCCGUGAUGUGGCCGCAGUCCUGUACCAGUAUUCUCAGGAUGCGAGCAAGUCCCAUAACUAUCCCCAAAGUCUCCUCAUCGACAGCAUCCCGGAAGGGUUGGACGAAGAGACCACCACCGCUCUAGAAGGAUUUCUCGGUGGGCUUAAGGCUAGCCUUAGGAUCGCUGAUGGGAUCUCCCUUAAUUUGACUAGGGAAUGGGAGACCACUCGACCUGCUAGCGCCCCCAUUAGCCUAGCAGGAAUGCUGAAUACAACAUACCCCACCCUGAUCGGCAAGAGGCAAAGCAAACUCGUGCGCGAUCCUUUCUACGCCCACUACGCUCGUCUGCACAAUGGCAGACUACCCUUUGUCAAUCCGGUUCCCUUGGUACGAUGGGGUUAUGGGGAUAGCCAGUCGGACGUGGCUUCCUCCGAGGCUUUGAUGAACAAGACGAUCUUUAAGGACUGGUUUGCGAGCCACAUACUGAAGCCAGACAACAAAACAUGCUCCUCAUCAAUCCUCGCCUACAUCGUCCCCCCCGUGGCCCAAUACCGGAAUGCCUACAGGACCUCACCAAAGCCACCAUUUACUUUCUCUAGCCAGUAUUACAGCGUCUUCGCAGAAACCUCCGACAUUGUUGUGCCCAUUGGGCAAACAACAUAUAAUUCGACUGUGACGAAUCACUCUGAAGAACUGCCCGUUACAGUCAACUUGAUGAUUGCAAGAGGCUGCGAUUGGCUGCUCUUGAACUUGAUUUCUGACCUAGCCAAGACUGGGGUUUUGAAGAUUUCCGCAGUAGGUUCUAGUUCGGUGGAUGGUGGGGAGAUCUUGUUGAGGAGGUACUUAUAUGAUUCGUACUAGCGAAUAGAAUGUGGUGCUUGAUGCAGCCUCGCCGAUGUUAACUUAUUACGCACGUCUAUAGAAAGGACGAACGGUGGUUUUAAUAAUCCGCAACAAGGAUUAUACUAAUAUUCAAAUGCCAAACGGAG